AUGGGCCAAAUCGCAUCCGAUGUACAGAGCUCACUAUCAAAUGCUGCGCAGAAUAUUUUUGGAAGUGGAGGCCACAGCAAGCAGCAGCGGAACGGUGACCAAGGCAAAGAGUACAGUUUGAAUGUACCCUCAGACACCUAUAAUUUUAAUGAAAAUCACGACUACAACAACGGUCACACUGAAGAUGAAUUCGAAAGCAAAAAUGGCGGCAGUGGAAAUAUCAUUGCAAACAACAGACCGCUGCUCCCGAUGCCUCCGCCAAGCUAUCCGGCACAACCUAAGCAGCAACAAAUUUCAUCGUUUGACCGUGGAAACUCCUAUAGCGGAGCUAUCCUGCAAUCGUUCCAAAAUGCUGCAGGUGGGAACGGAAGAACGCAAAACGGUUUCGGCACCAGUGCAAGCAGUCACGGGCAGCUUAUGUUACCCAGUAAUUACGGAGGACGCCCCAGUGGGUACAGCUCACAACCGCUCAACGACAGGUCAACUCCAAAUGGGCUUCCGAACUCCCUGAAUGUUGGUGAUCGACAGAGUCAGCAACUAACAAGUGAACAGGGCUGGAUCACGGUCGGCUAA